AAAUAAGGCAUCAGACUGUGGGUGAGAGGGCUACAGUAACGUCUCUUGAUCAUGGGGUCCAUGCCUGUUCAAGGUGUUUGUGGAAUAGUGGUAUUGCUCGGUCUAGGUUUGGGGUCAUUCAUGCCACUCUGUGAUGGAGGAAACAUUCUGGUGUUUCCUGUAGACUGGAGUCCAUGGAUCAACAUAAAGAACCUGCUGGUAGAGCUCCAUGCUAGAGGACAUAACCUCACAGUGAUCAGAGAUUCUCACAGCUUACGAAUUGAGGAAAAGUCUCCUUUCUAUACAUCUAUAACCAUCCCAAUGAAAAAAGGAAUGGAGAAUUCCAUUGAUGAUUUCAUUAUGGAGAAUAUAAAGGUGCAGAGAGAGGGGGCAUCUUUGCUCACUGUCUUGAAACUAAUAAAGAAUUUCUUUUCCAUUGUUUUUGAAAUUCAUGAAAUGUGGGGUGAUAGUCUUGCUAGAAUCUUAAAUGAUAAAAAUAUGGUCCAAAGCUUACUGGAUGCCAAAUAUGAUCUGGUUAUCACUGACCCAGCUGUUGCAAUGGGAGCCAUAUUAGCUAAGUAUCUCAAACUGCCCACAGUCUUCACUGUUCGAUGGAUCACUUCUGGAGAUGGUCACUUUGUGAUCGCCCCCUCUCCCCUCUCUUAUAUCCCAGCCCCAGGAUCAGGAUUAACAGACAAAAUGACUUUCAUCCAGAGGGUCAAGAACUUCUUCUAUCACGGCGUUGUUGAAUACCAGCAGAGAGUUGUGUUGGGACCAUACUAUGAUUCCCUCUGUGAUAAAUACAUUGAAGGUGGAUGCAACAUCAUCUCACUUCUCCAGGAAGCAGACAUUUGGCUGUUCAGAUCAGACUUCGUGCUUGAUUUUCCUCGACCCACAAUGCCAAAUGUCGUCUACGUUGGAGGGCUUCAGUGCAAACCAGCUCAGCCUCUGCCAGCAGACCUGGAGGACUUUGUUCAGAGUGCCGGGGAGCACGGAGUCAUCAUCAUGACUCUGGGAUCCAUGGUUGAUGCUUUGCCUGAAGACCUUGCAGAUGAUAUCGCCCGUGUCUUUGCCAAGAUGCCCCAAAAGGUGAUCUGGAAGCACAAAGGAAAGACACCCUCUACUCUGGGCAACAACACCCUCAUAGUGGACUGGAUGCCCCAGAAGGACCUCCUGGGCCACCCUCAGACCAAAGCCUUUGUAGCUCAUGGAGGCACCCACGGAGUCCAGGAAGCCAUCUACCACGGGGUCCCUGUUCUCGGCAUACCAGUGUUCUUUGACCAGUAUGACAACCUGCUACGUCUGCAGGAGAGAGGAGCGGGGAAGAUCCUGGAGCUAGCUUAUGCCAACGAGCAAAGCUUUGAGCAAAUGCUCAAGGAGGUGCUCUAUCAGGACAGCUACAGACAGAACAUUCAGAGGUUGUCCCGUCUGCACAGAGACCAGCCGCUGGCACCCAUGGAUCAGGCUGUAUUCUGGGUGGAGUAUGUGAUACGCCAUAAAGGGGCUCCUCACCUUCGUACAGAGGCCUAUAAGAUGCCCUGGUACUCAUACCACUCUUUAGAUGUACUGCUAGUAUUGAUGACAGCAGUGACUGUGCUGCUGCUCUCCGCUUUUGCAGUUUUAAGGUUUCUAUGCUGCAGAUGCAGAAGGAAGUCCAAACCCAAACAACACUGAUUCAGAUCAGAUUGACUAGGACUAGGGGUGUAACGGUUCACAGAGCUCACAGCUCGGUUCAUACCUCGGUUUUGGGGUCACGGUUCGGUAUGGAUUCAGGUCAUUGACAUAAAAGAAAAAGUCCCAGAUUUAUCAUUGUAUAUGUCCCUCAAUUGUUUUUAUCUUUUUUUAACAAGAGUGCAGCAUAUACUUUUUUCAAAACAUGUUUGAAAUAUCUACUUGAAUCAAUCAAUCAAAAUGUCGAUCGAUCUACUGUUAUCAAGAACUAUCAGUGAUAGUUGGUACAGCCUGUGAUUUAUUAAACCUAAGAAAAAAGAGGAAACUAAAAAGAUAACAGCCUAAUGUUAUGAUUUAGAAAGAAUGCUUUCAAUCAAAAGCUGGUGCAGUAGUUACUCAUGCAAAAUCCUGACUCAUUUACGGCUGUGAAGGACCUCAGACUAGCUCAUGUAAACACAGGAUAGGACGUUAAAACAGAGUCAGAGCGAAGCGCUUAAAAACUCACUUGUCUGUGUUUUUUUACUUCUGCCCGUACGUGGGUAGUCUUUAAAAUGUUUUAGCAGCAGAAAUAUCCUUGACACUCUGCUUUCACAUCCAGAGUGUUUUUAAAAAAAAAACGCAGAUGAGGAGUGGGAGAAAAGUGCGCCCACUUUUCUUCUGCCAGCUAUUUCCUCUUCUUCAUUGGUGGUUUAAUAUUGGUUAGCAAACACUCAGCAGUUUGAUGGGUAAAUACCGGCACAUUUCUUUUUCUUAAUGAUUCGGAUGUAUUUGUCGUGUGAGAACGUUUGCCGAACCGUGACCCUCGAACCAUGACAGUACGAAAACAAAAACCGUUCAACCCCUAGAUUUCACAAAUGCAAUGCAUACUAGGUAGUGAUGUCAUCUGGCUGCACUUUUUUCCCAUCUUAUAAAUGAUCUCACCUUCAUCUUCUCACUCCUGAUUCUUCUCCAUUCUCCAAAAUCAGAUUGUUUUAUGUUUUUGUUGUUUCUUUCUCUCAAACAGGCUGACAGACAAUAAAGUUGCCAGUGUGAUAAGUGUGAGUAUUUGUCUGUGCAUGAGUGUCAUCCAUUCUUGCACGCUUUUCUCUGAGGGGUUACUCAUUAGUAAUGAAAGGAAAUACUGGUUUUACUUCAUCAUUGCAUUCAAGAGGUCAAAUCACAGCCAAGGCUUUCAUAAGAAGAAAACUUCAACUAUAAAACAACAAGAAACUGUCAGUAGUUUGUGGAAACUAAAAACUUGGUUGUGUUUGUUUUUAUCAUUGUGGUUUUAUGUUUGGCUUCUCUUUUACAUAUGUAAACUGAUCGUAUUUAUAGUGUGAUUUUAGCCACGCACUGAUUAGGGGAAUCUGAGUAAGCAUCUGUAGAUAGCAGAAGCCAAAAUGCCAGAAUGAUGAUGGUUCUCUCAAAUACAGACUUCAUCUGGAAUGAUUCCAUAGCUUAAAGCAAGCUUUCCUUCUAUAAAGAUUUGGGUUUUUUGUUUUUUUGGGUUUUUUUUGUGCAUGAUUUCUUGCCUCACAGCUGCCGUUCAAAAUACUCAAUAACACAGUGAUAGAUGCUUAUGAGAAAACAUGAAAACAACAAUCUUAAGACUUUGGGGUCAGAGGAGUCUCUUUCAUGCGCAUGCGUGGGAAACUGGUCAACAAAAACAAACUGCUAUGGGUCCCGUAACAUAACUUUUAUGUCUUGAGAAACAAGUGUGCACUGGAGCACAGGGACCUCUACCAUAGGUGAGGACAUUAUAAAGUUAAAAAAUUAAAGUUUGCUACAAAGAAUCUGUGGUUUAUGUAAACUUCUGAGGCUUUUUACCUCAAAAGUUCACAUUU